AUGAUGUUUCCACUGCGACUGGGGAAGUGGGCCAAAGUUCUAUAUUUACUCUCUCUCACAUCGCCUGUCGUGGAGAGCAAAAUCGAUCGCAAGUCGAUUGUCCAGCAGUAUAAUAUCAAGCUCAGCCAAUCGAACCCAUACAGCCCGGUUCAGGUUGGCAACGGAAACUUCGCGUUCGGUGUAGACAUUACCGGACUCCAGACCUUUCUGCCGCACAAUACUCUUUCAUCCUGGGGAUGGCACAACCAAUCUCUGCCAACGACACCAAAUCAAACGCUUCCAUCAGACUACACCGGUGUUGACUGGUGGACCCACGAUCGCCUCGUCAACUAUGCGCAGCCCAACCCAGAACAGAAGGACAUCAGUCAAUGGAUGAUUGCGAACCCACAUCGUAUUAAUUUGGGAAGAGUUGGACUGUGGUUCGGCGGCAUCGCAGGAGGGAACGUCACCGAAGACCUACUUGCUGGUAAAGAGCAGGUGCUGGAGCUCUGGGAAGGUGUCAUCAAAUCCACUUUCUUUAUCAACGGAGAAAAGGUUGUGGUGACAACUGUUGCAAGUCCGGAAACGGACACUAUCGCUGUAGACAUAUCGUCCAGCCUAGUGAGGACUGCAGGACUGGGCGCUUUCUUCGAUUUCCCGUAUGCGACUGGGAAAAAUAAGUUCGACGCACCAUUUGUUGGUCUCUUCAACGCUACUUCCAACCAUUCCACGACGGAUGAAUACAGGAACAAAGGUGCGACAAUCACGCAUGUACUAGAUGCAACAACAUAUACGGCCGAUAUCGCUUGGGAAGGUUAUGCCCGCCUCUCGCGCCUGCACAGAAACGAGCACAAAUACAUCCUAGCCGCCAGUCAGAGAUCUGAGACGCUCUCUUUCACUGUUACAUACGCUCCUUGGGUGGCCAAUGUCUCUUACACUGCAGAGUCAGUCAAGCAAAAGUCACAAAGCUGGUGGGCAGACUACUGGUCGACUGGUGCAUUCGUGUCACUUCCAUCGGCCAACAAUGCCUCUGCGAAUGAGCUACAGCGUCGCACAAUCCUUUCUCAGUAUCUUCUCGCGGUCAACGGGGCUGGUAAAGAUCCCCCACAAGAGUCUGGCUUGGUGAACAAUGGAUGGUACGGCAAAUUUCACCUGGAAAUGGUCUUCUGGCAUCUAGCCCAUUGGAUGUUCUGGGAGAAAUGGGACCUCUAUGAUCGCAGUAUCGGCGUCUAUGAGCGCUUUCUACCCAGCAGCUUCGAACGGGCUGAAAAGCAAGGAUACGAAGGCGCGCGCCUCGGCAAGAUGAGUGACCCAAGCGGUCGAUCUGCGCCAGGCGAGAUCAACAGCCUACUCAUCUGGCAACAACCGCAUCCCAUGUACUUCGCCGAGAUGGAAUACCGAUCUUUCCCGACCGAAAAGACUCUCGAGAAAUGGGAUGAGGUUCUGACAGGCGUGGCGGACUUCAUGGCCAGUUAUGCCUUCUGGAAUUCCACAACGAAUCAAUACGAUCUUGGGCCGCCCAUGUAUCCAGUCUCUGAGAAUACUAAUCCCAACGAGACGAUUAAUCCGACGUUCGAGCUAGCGUACUGGCGCUUUGGUCUCGACGUAGCGUCGAAGUGGCAAGCGCGGCAAAACAAAUCUACUCCGGAGUCCUGGGUACACGUACGAGACAACCUAGCGCCUUUCCCCAUUGAAGAGAACGCGUAUGUGACGUAUGAGGGUAUACCAAAUAUGUGGACUACCCCCGAAUAUACGGAAGAUCAUCCAGGACUUCUGGGUAUAUAUGGCUGGUUGCCCCCAGACACUCGCGUGAACAUGACAAUCUUCAACAACACCAUCACCAAAGUACAUGAGACCUGGAACUUUCCCUUUUCUUACGGCUGGGAUUUCCCGUUGCUGGCAAUCACUGAAGCUAGGAGAGGAGAUGCGGAACGCGCUGUUAGUCAGUUGCUUGACGUGAACAAUGCUUUUGAUGAAGUAGGAAUGCCAGAGGGGGGAACAAGAGUGCCUACGCCGUAUUUUCCGAGCUCAGCGGGCUUACUGCUUGCGGUGGGGAUGAUGUGUGGUGGCUGGGAUGGGUAUAAAGGGCCAGUAUGGCCGUCGCACUGGGAUGUAGAGUGUGAGGGUUUUACGCGGGCCAUGUAG